AUGGAUCCUGUUAUUACUGGCGCUGCUGCCAACGUUUCAUCGGAAGUUGCGAAAGGCAUCUUCCAAGAAAUUAAACGUCAUAUGAGAUAUGUAAUCAUCUCCAAGCAAAAUGUUGACAAGUUUGAGGAGAAAUUGAAGUCGUUGAUAGCAAAAAGAACAAGCGUGCAGCAAGAGGUUGAUGUUGCAGACAGGAACGGGGAAAAGAUAAAAGCGGACGUGGAGCAUUGGUGCAACACAGUGGACAAGGUAAUCAAUGAAGAGGAGAAGAAGGUGAAGGAUCUUGAAGACAAAGCAAAGAACAAGUGCUUCUUUGGCUUGUGUCCCAAUAUCAAGUCUCGCUACCAGCUUAGCAAGAAAGCAGAAAAAGGUGCCGUAGUUGUUGACAACCUUAUCCAAGAAUGUCAAUUUAACGGAGUGGGAUGCCUUGAUGUUCCAAAAGCUAUAGUAGACACAUCUCCUAAUGGCUUUGAGACCUUUAAAUCAAGAGAGAAGGUUUUCAACGAUAUCAUGGAGGCAAUGAAAGAUGCUACUAUCAGCAUGAUAGGGGUGUACGGAAUGCCUGGUGUGGGCAAAACAUCACUAGUUAAAGAAGUUGCAAGACAAGUCCAAGAGGCUAGGUUAUUUGAUUCGGUGGUUACAGUAACUGUGGCUCAAACUCCUGACAUUCAGAAAAUUCAAGAAAAUAUUUCAGAGUUAUUGGGUUUAAGACUAGAAGAUAAGAGUACGGAUGUAAGAGCGCGUCGAUUGCACGAAAGGUUGAAGAAAGAGAAGACGGUUCUUAUUGUUUUAGAUGAUCUUUGGAAGAGACUCGAUUUCAAGGAAGUCGGAAUUCCAUUUGGAAACCAACACAAGGGAUGCAAGAUAUUGUUGACUUCAAGAGAUCAAAAUGUUCUAUCCAAUGAGAUGGAUGUUGAGAAAAGAUUCGCAAUUGAUGAUUUAGACGAUGAAGAAGCUUGGGACUUGUUUAGGAAAAUGGUUGGGACCGACAGUGUUGAAAAUGCUGAGUUGCGACCUACAGCAAUUGAGGUAGCCAAAAAAUGUGCAAGAUUGCCCCUGGCCAUUGUAACAGUUGCAAGGGCUUUGAGAAAUAAAAGUUUAUUUGCUUGGAAGGAUGCUUUACGACAAUUACAAAAGCCUUCCUCAAGUAACUUCACUGGGAAAUUCGCAGCUAUAUAUUUAGCCAUAGAGUUGAGCUACAAUCAUUUAGAAAAUGAACUCAAACAGGCUUUUCUGCUUUGCAGUCUAGUGCGUCGUGAUGCAAGCACUGAUGACUUUUUGAGAUAUGCCAUUGGUUUGGGUUUAAUUAAAGGUGACGACACCGUGGAGGAAGCACGAAACAAGUUGUUAACAAUGGUGAGUGACCUCAAAGCUUCUUGUUUGUUAGUUGAUAGUAACACCUAUGACCUCUACUUUGAUAUGCAUGAUCUUGUUUAUGAUGUUGCCAUGUCAAUCGCUUUUAAGGACAAUCAUGCUUUUGCAUUAAAGGAGGUUUACAAAGAUUGGCCUCAUGAAGAGACAACGAAAAAGUGCAACAAGAUUUAUUUGAGAUUUCCCAAUAUUAGAGAGCUUCCUGAGGAGUUGAAUUGCCCACAACUUGUUUUUUUCCAUAUGUUCAUAUAUGGUUAUAAGAAAGUGCCACCAAACUUCUUUAAGGAAACAACAAAUCUUAAAGUCUUACAUUUGAAUGGUAUGCAAUUUUCUUCUUCACCUUCGUCAAUUCGUCUUCUAACAAGCCUUUGUGCUUUGUGCUUACAUCAAUGCAAAUUGGGAGAUAUAGCUAUUAUUGGAGAGCUCAAUAAUUUAAAAAUUCUUAGCUUUUCAAGAUCUGAUAUCAAAAUUUUACCCAAAGAAAUUGGACGAUUGGUUAAGCUAUCAUUAUUAGAUUUAAGUUAUUGUACUGAACUCAAAAUAAUUUCACCAGGCGUCUUGUCAAAUUUGUCCAAACUAGAAGAAUUGUAUAUGGAUGGCACUUUAAUUCAAUGGGAAGAUGGAAGAGAUGCCAACCACCGAAGCAAUGCUAGUCUUGCUGAAUUGAAGAAUUUGUCUCAUUUGACUACUUUAGAAGUUCAUAUUACUGAUGUUGAGGCCACGUCAGGGGGCUUGUUCUUUGAAGGGUUGCAAAAGUUGGAAAGAUACAAGAUUUUCAUAGGAAAUGAAUGGAAUUGGCUUCUUACGUAUGAGGAUGAGUAUAAAUAUUCAAGAAAUGUACGGCUCCAAUCAAGUACAUUCAUUGAUCAUUUGGACCAUGGAAUUAAGAUGCUUUUGAAGAAAUCUGUAAGUUAUAGUUUUUACCAAACCGAAGAUGAUUCGGUGGCCAAAUAUCCCAUUAAUGAUAAUGAUGCAACUAAUAGAGCUGAUUUUUCUCAAUUACAAUUGGGGUCACCUCAAGACGAUGAUUCGCCAAAAGACAUUAGCUUUUGUUUUGAAGACAAGAACGUCUCUACUUCAAUGCCUCAGCCUGAAUUGCCACUUUCCAGUGAAAAGAAAAAAAUGAGAGCAAAAACAAGUGGGCUGGUCUCAGUUUUUCUCUCGGAAAAACUUUUUGUGAAAUACAAUAACAACCAAAGCUCAGUCUUGGAGAAAGAAAGAGAUAGAGAAACAUUCACAGGCGGUGGGUGUACAUUAACUUCUCUGAUGUGGUUCCCUUGCUUGGAGAAUUUACAGUUGUCCUCAACUAAUGUUGAAAAGAUAUGGCACAAUGCUUCCUGUAAUCUGGAGAAUUUGACAACAUUGACCGUUUGGGGUUGUGGCUACUUAAAGCAAUUUUUAUCAUUUUCCAUGGCUAGAAGGCUAGUACAUCUCAUAUACUUAGAGAUAAUUGAAUGCCAGUGCUUAAGAGAGAUAAUUUCCACAGAAGAUGUAGAAGAAGAAAGCAAGACUAUUGAAUUUCCAUCCUUGGAGUCACUUUGGAUAAGAGACUGCCCAGAACUGAAGGGGUUCAUAUACAAAUCUACAACGGAAGGGAGCCAACAUUUCUCUAGUCAAGCUCUCUUCAACGACAAGGUUGCAUUUCCUAGUUUGGAGGAAAUUUUUAUUUCCAACUUGAGAAGCAUCAAGAUGAUAUGCCAGAACCAACUCUCUGCGAAUUCUUUUCACAAACUACAACGAGUCGAAGUCAAAGAAUGUCCUGAUUUAUUGACCAUUUUCCCAUCUAAUACGUUGAGAGCAUUUCAAGGACUGCAAACUCUAGUAGUUGAGAGAUGUGAUUUGCUAGAAGAAGUAUUUGAAAUCGAAAGGUCAAAUAUGGAAGAAACACGUGCUGCCACCACUCAACUAAAAGAACUGCUUUUGGAGGACCUACCGAACCUGAAGUAUAUUUGGAAAAAUGAUCCUCAAGGAAUUUUUACAUUUGAAAAUUUGCAGGUACUAUCGGUUGGAUGGUGUUUGAAUCUGAAGAAUGUAUUUCCAGCCUCAGUAGCCAAAGUUCUUCAACAACUUAGCUAUGUUGACAUACAUGAUUGCGGAUUGGAGGAAAUUGUUUCCAAAGAGGAAGGAUUGGAAACGGCUGCCACUUUCGAGUUUGAUCAACUAUCAUUUUUUAGGCUUUUUAACCUACCAGAACUCAAAUGUUUCUAUCCGGAGGUGCAUACAACAAAGUGGCCAAUGUUAAAAGUGUUCCAAGCAUUUAGAUGUGGCAACAUGAAGAUAGUUGGUACAGAACGUUUCAACAUCAUAGAGACACCUAACUUCAAUGGGCAACUUGAGUCCUUAUUAAUCCAUCCACAAUUUUUCUCAACUAAAAAGCAACCUUGGUCAUUAGAUGACCUACCAACAACAGUGGCUUUGACCAUGCAUCAAGGAUCCACGGUCACCAGCAUGGAUUUUCAUCCUUCGAACCACACAUUGCUUCUCGUUGGUUCUGCUAAUGGUGAAAUCACACUCUGGGAACUUGGAAUGCGUGCUAAGUUGGUUACCAGGCCAUUCAAGAUAUGGGAAAUGUCGACAUGUUCAAUGACAUUUCAGGCUUUGAUGGUCAAUGAUGCACCGAUAUCUGUCAGCCGUGUCACAUGGAGUCCUGAUGGAAGUUUAGUAGGUGUGUGCCUUUUAGAUAGAUUACUGACAUUUUGGUUUGCCUAUCGCUUAGAGAUUGAUGCCCAUAUUGGAGGUGUAAAUGACUUAGCUUUUGCUCAUCCAUUCGAAGAACUGCGCAUUAUUACUUGUGGAGAUGACAAGCGCAUAAAGGUGUGGGAUGUAAUGACGGGACAAAAGCUAUUCAAGUUCAGAGAUCAUGAUGCACCAGUUUAUUCCAUCUGCCCAAUGGAUAGUGAGCAGUUCAUUUCAACCUAUGUCGAUGGGGAAGUUAUCCUGUGGCGGUAUGAUAUGAGAUUCACAAGUGCAAAUUUUACUCCAGGUCACGGGUGUAGUACAACGAUUUACAAUGCUGAUGGAAAUAGAUUGUUCUCUUGUGGAACAAGUAAGGAUGGACAAUCUUUUCUGGUUGAGUACUCUGGGAUUCUUCUAAAAGGAAAUUUUGUGGGGUUUACAAAGAAAUCAGCAGGUGUGGUGUCAUUUGACAUGGCGCAAAAUCAGUUUUUCGCUGCAGGAGAAGAUAGCCAGAUAAAGUUUUGGCACAUGGAUCAUCGCUAUCCUCUCAGUUUCACAGAUGCAGAGGGUGGACUCCCUAGUCGUCCCCGUGUGAGAUUCAAUAAGGAAGGAAAUCUCCUUGCUGUCACAACAGCAGACAAUGGGUUCAAAAUACUUGCCAAUGCUGUGGGUCUCAAAUCUUUAGGACCAAAUGAAGCAUCAUCCUCUUCUGCCUAA